CAGAGCGCACAGGCGCACUGUUCACUGCCAAACACGGCUGUGUUGAAGACUUGACGCUGCAGUCACCUCUGAGCAAACAUUUAUUAUUUUCUUCAACUAAAACGCAGAGAUUAGAAGAUUCAGGAGGUUUUACGCACAGCGCCAGAGCUUCUGGUGACUUGCGUUUACUACAGUACACACUUUUGUAAAUUUUUUUGUGUUGCGGACUUGUUGUCAACACAAUGUGGGGGAUCCAGAGGACGCGGUAUGCAGACUGCAAUGGCUCUGAAGCCAGUGAAGAGACAGAGAUUGUAGUUAACAUAGGCGGAGUGAAACAGGUGUUAUAUGAGGACGUGUUGAAUCGCUUCCCAGACACCCGCUUGGCAGAACUGGUGGACUGUUCACUUAAAUCUUCUGAAGAAAUAUCUUUACUAUGUGACGACUACGACCCUGACACUGGAGAAUUUUAUUUUGACAGAGACCCCGAAGCAUUUAAGUGUAUAAUUGAACUGUAUUAUUAUGGAGAGAUUCACAUGAAACGAGGCAUCUGUCCAAUUUGUUUCAUGAAGGAGAUGGAGUUCUGGAAAAUCGGCUCUGAUUUUCUGGAUGACUGUUGUAAAUGCCACCUGAAGGAGGUAGAGGAUGAACUUGCAGAGAUUGCAGAUAAAGUGAGAACUAUCCUGGUGGACCGGGAGGGAGAUCCGUCUGCAGAAGGCUGGCAGCGCUUUCAGAUGUGCCUCUGGAGGCUGAUGGAGAAGCCGGAGUCCUCGAUGCCUGCGCACAUAAUCGCUAUAGUUUCUUUCAUCUUCAUCCUCGUCUCCUCCGUGGUGAUGUGUGUCGGGACCAUCCCCGACCUACAGGUGGAGGACGCAGAGGGUAACCUCUCGGAGCACCCAACUCUGGAGGUCAUCGAGACGAUGUGCAUCGGCUGGUUCACUAUUGAAUACCUCCUGCGUCUGAUCUCCUCUCCAAAUAAAAUAAAAUUCGUCCUGUCUUUCAUGAACAUCAUCGACUUCAUGGCGAUAAUGCCCUUCUUCGUGGUGCUGAUUCUGACCUCCUUCGGCGCAGGAAUGAUGGAGCUGGCUAACGUGCAGCAAGCGGUGCAGGCUUUACGCAUAAUGCGCAUUGCGCGCAUUUUCAAGCUGGCACGGCAUUCCUCUGGUCUCCAGACCCUCACAUCUGCCCUGAAGAGCAGCUUCAAAGAGCUCGGACUUCUCCUCAUGUAUAUGGGCGUGGGGGUCUUCCUUUUCUCCGCGUUGGGCUACACCAUGGAGCAGAGCCACCCGGACACCUUGUUCACCAGCAUCCCACAGUCGUUUUGGUGGGCUGUGAUCACCAUGACCACGGUGGGCUAUGGAGACGUCUACCCCAAGACCACUUUAGGUCGGUGUAACGCGGCCAUCAGCUUUCUGUGCGGGGUGAUCGCCAUAGCGCUGCCUAUACACCCUAUCAUCAACAAUUUUGUCCUCUUCUACAACAAGCAACAGGUGCUGGAGACUGCGGCCAAGCAUGAGAUUGAACUGAUGGCGCUGCGCUCCAGCGACGGCGAACAAGAGGCUGCACCCAGCGCCCAUAAACAUGUUUGCGGUGCAGGGGUCUGGGAUAACGCCAUGCGCUCCUGUCACAGCGACACAUACAUCCCCUUACUGAAGGAUCCCAGGGGAGGGGCGGGGAUCCAGACCCCCAGCAUGGACACAAGCUUUGAGAGCACAGCGGAAGCCACUGAAUAUUUCAUCUCAUGAACACUGAAGACCUCGCAUCAUUUGAAAACUGCAAAAAAAAGAUAAACAACAACAAAAAAAAUCAAAUGAAUUAUUCAUUUUUGACUUAAUCAAACACCCGUUCAAUUCAGGGUCAAUGGAGGCAUGCUUGUAAAUAGCCUUUUAAAAAUAAUAGGGCGGCAGUAAUGCUCUCCAAGGAUCUUAAAUGCAUUUGAGGAAUUGUGCCUAUUAUAGGGACAUGUGUGUAAGAUAUUGACUUGAUGAGCUGUGCCUUUGCGCAGUAACUCCCUGUAGGCUGAGGGGUUCUGUUUGAACAGCCAGUACACUGAUUCCCCCAUGUAGGCUUCUUAUAUAACACCCCCAUUCUCAAUCUUCACACUCAUACUGUAGACUGCACUGUAGCUUCUUUCUCUGUACAGAAAUAUGUAUCAAAAUGGAUGUUUGUUUUUUUUAAGACUGGUAGCUCCUCCAGGAGAAGAAGAUAAAUGAUAGGGUUAUUAAUAGUGUACAGGCAUCACAACAAAACUAGACUAGGUAUAGUGCCAUACAUUUUUCAGUGAGACAUUAUGGUUAUGGAAGAGACUAUAAAAGCAACAUCUGAUCAAGGCUGUGCAACUCUGGUUCUGCCUGUGAUCUUCUUGGCAUCAGUGUAAAUAUGUGUACUUGACACUGUAUGAUUGUGAGGUAAUAUGUCAGAUAUAAAACCCCUCUACGGUGCAGAAAUGUUGAAAGCAGUGACUGCGAUCAGAUAGGAUCAUGUUACCAACACCAGGAACUCUGAAGCUUCCUUGGCUGCAGGACAUGUUCCUAUAAUGGGUUUAAAUUUUGCAGCAGCCGUCACAACUCUGCCUCCUCCCUGAAGGAUUAGUGGAAUAACUUGACCACCGAGUUAUGGGGCGAGGACGAAGGAGCAACAGGCUGGAGGUUAAACAAAUAUAAUCCCAGUGAUUGAGUUACUAAAUUUAUGAAACAAAAUGUUUUUCAGACUGCAGGUUAGUUAACCUGAAAAUCUGGGUGGAAGGAAAGGAACUGUGAUUAAAGUAUGAAUAAAAAA